AGAUGCCCAGUGACUCCCAUCGUGGGCAACGCGCAUCUGUCAACUCUUCGCACGCCGAACGCAAUAAGUCUCACCUGCGCUAAGGCGGCACUGCGAGUGAAGAAUCUCUGUGCUGUUCACGGGGGGGGGGGGGGGGGCGGACAUCUCCUGCGAAGCUCCGACCAACAAAGACACGAAGACGCGGAGACACGGAGACCCGGAGACCCGCAAGCAGCUUUUUGGAUGUGGUGGAAGGCAGAGGGCCUUUGACAAGGUGCGGAUGAAGGUGGUGGUUUUGUCAUCAACGGCUUGGGUCACGAAGACAUCUUGACAGCUAUCUUACGGUGGUUGUCAAGGAGACCCCAAAUCACAGUUUUGGCCAUCAGACUGACCUUGAAGAAAUUUCAUCGUUUUGGAUCAAGAUUGCUGUUGGCCAAAGAUUCAGUCUCGUGCCACGUUUCGUCUGAUUUUUUUUUUCCGGACCAUAUUCCAUCUGCCUAUAAUAACACCUACCUGCCUUCCACGGAUAUAUAAUACACCCUCGGAACACCACGGCCAUGUGUGAAUAGCCACAACAUGUCUGAAACGUCCAAUGUACAAAAACUACACCUGUCAGAGGAUUCAGAUCCAAUUUAUGCUAGUUUGCAUGAAAUUACUUCUUCAGAAACAGUGGAGAAUGCUAUAUACAUCAGGAUGUUUUCCAGUGGAGAUACAGGUCACAACAUUGAUGCGAAGCAAACGAAUAUCAAAGAGCUCACAAAGGAGUCUUUACAUUCUAAACUAAAUAAUAAUGCUUCACAACCAGAUAUCAAUCCACCAGGUGAGACGAAAAACAUAGGCGUGGUGGAAAAAGACAAGUUCAAACAUGUGCCUUCCACCACGGUGCCAAGCGAAAACACACAUUGCUACCACACGCUCACGGCCCUAAUUGCAAAUGUGGAUGUUAAAGCGAAACAGAGAUCCACCACAUCACUCCAAGAAGACGCAUACGGUGUUGACAGGGAUGCUAAAGCAAAUGUUUCAAAAUAUGACUCAUCGUCUUCUGACGUGAGUGACCAUAUGUAUGAAACUACAGAUUAUGAGGAAAUAGACAGAUACAGCAACUUGCUUCUAAAGCACAGAUUUUCGCUGCCAGAUGACAAAUCUAACGAAUUAUACAAUCCCCAAACUACAAACAAAUUGAGCAAAAACGAAGACAAACGUGCCCCUUUGUCGAAGCAAAAGCCCAAAAGCCUUGACAUACCCACACGCAGUGACGAAUCCCCAUUAUAUUCUGUCCCCAAUUAUCCGCCACGCAGACACGAAAAACCCAUUUACGUUAAAAAGGGUUGUCCACACCCAGUCUUUUCUCCAAACAUACCAGUGAACGCUGCCGGGUACGUUAAUGCCGACACUAAGGGUGAAGAAAGUGAAACGGUUUCUCCCGCAUAUAAGUUCAAACAUGCGGGCCGUGGCCGUGCCAUGAAGUCUGACCAUAAAAAAAAAUAGCUUCUCGACCUCUCAGAGGGGGUUUGACUUUUCAUCUCCACUUGUAAAUGUUCGCCCAGCUUUCUUAAUAUGGUGUCCUAUAACUGUGUCUAAAGACCCUCUGAUGUUAGCUGCUAAAUCGAGCCAGUAUUGCGAUCUACAUGUAUCCCUCGAACCUCGACUAUGGGACGUGCAGCAUGAAAGGCGUCAUUGAGGAGGCCGGGACAACCAAGCACGUGGUUCUUUCUCUCCACUUGCUUCACCUCAAGAAACUCCCUCAACACCACUCGGCAGAACAUUGGGGGGGGGGGGGGGUGGCCUCAACAAGAUUCUGAAGACUUUACCAAAGCUGAUGAUUUGACUCCUUGUUAACCAAUGAUCAUCGACAUUAUAACUGCCAGCCAUCAUUAUCAUCAUCGCCACUAAGAUCGUGGGUUGCCACCUCCUCUGGUUUUCCCAGGACUGCCCUCUCUUGUGUUUUUUGUUUUGAGGUAGCCGCUGUGUUGGAAAACCUGUACGUCUUCAGGCAGGAAACGGCGGAACUUCAACAAUCUUCUUGCUGAACGUGUCCAUCAAGCUGUGGCUGGACACCAUUGAAGUAACACAGUUGAUGGGGGCUCUCUGGAAAAUUGACAUCCAAGCUUCUUGCUGCGCAACUUAAGCUGUCUAACUCCGGCUGUGCCUUUGGAGUGUGCUGUGCAUUUGCAUAUUUAAUACAAUAUAUAUUCGUUUAUUCACACGCAAGUGAUUAAAAGCAGCGGGCACACUGCGGCUGCAUAAAUCAAUUCAACAAUACAAGAGUAAAAAUAUAUCGGGGGAAAUUGGUGAGGGAAGCAAUACAUCGUUAAAAGGGGUGAAAGGAAAGGGAGGUGGUUAAGAUCGUACUGAUUUAUACAAUAAAGUGCUCAUAUCAUUGGUUGUAACCCUUAUCUGAGCAACCUAAAUUAAUAAUAGUUCAAACCAAUGCAGUGCUGGUCUCCUGGUAGAGAGGUCUUACGGGACGAGGCGCGCUCACGAAGUAACGAGUUCUCUUGACCCUGGUGGGGGGGGUCAAGCAGUGGAUAGGGAAUGCGGUCUUCGUUUGACAGAAUACGAUUGAGGAGGCACGAGUCUGCGGCUCUGCCGACCUCGUCAAAUAAGUGGUGCGCCGCGGCAAGCCUGGACUGGCCAUUGGGCAGCAGUCCAAGGUGGCAAAUCCCUGGUGGGCCCGUCUAUUCCGAGAGCCGGUUGGGCCGGUCUGCUUGGGGAAAUUGCAAAUGUGAUCAGAGUAUAAAAAAAAUAAUUUAAAUAUAUUAUUACCCAGUGGCGGCUCCUGCAAAAUCUCUCAGGGGGGGGGCAAAUGUCUGGAUGAUUGAUAAGGAUAAGGUCCACCCAUGCAAUGAAUAAAUUAACAGCUUAAGCAUGUAAAGGCAACUUCACUUCUUUAAUAUUAAUGAAAAAUAAAGUGACUCUUACAAUACAUCUUGUUUGUUUAUAUACUCACUAUUAAAACAAACCACUCAAGUUUAUUUUAUUAAAGAUUCCACUAGGUAGCGAUAAAUUAUAUUGUUGGAUGAAACGUGCUUACGUAUGAUGACGUUAGCACGUAUGAUGACGUAAGCACGUAUGAUGACGUAAGCACGUUAGGGCUCGCCCUCCCGGAAGCCAUAGAGAAUGCAUUGGAGCGCCCCCGUUCGAAAAAAAACAUCUUUGAAUGCAAGUCUAUGGGGCCACUCGGGGCGAUUCUCAGCCGGAGUGAAAUCGCCCCAAAAGAGGCGGUACUCCACAGAACGUAGCAUGACGCUGAUUGGACUAUAUCCAGAGGCUGGCAGUGACGGCUAGCGUGACUCUGUGGUUGAAUGACAUUGGUGGUGCGUCGCCCAAUCGCCCUAAUGAAGAAACCGCCCCUGUUAUUACCUAUAAUGUGCAUGCUUCAUUGCCUAUUUACGCGUUAAGUCUUAUAUUCGGCAACCCCAAUGAUUUUUUUCUCGCUGGCCAAAUGGGCAUAAUCACACUAAUACGUCACAUCGUAAAUCUAGAUUCCGUACUAGUACAAUAUAUACAGCUUGUCUCAUAAUCCAUUUACAUUAUUAUUUUAAAUACCCACUAGCUGUACUACCCGGCUUCGCCCGGGACUUGGAUCCACCAUGCCCGGCCGCCUUUGUCUCCCCAGUGGCGAUGUUCAUACGCCACACCAGUUACUCGUUUUUAGGCUGAGUCGACCUAGGGGAGGCCCAGGACCGGUUCAAAUAAUCGUCACCGGUGGUGGCCGUGAUUGGCCGUGUCAGGUGGUGGAGGGUUACAACACAUUAAUAAAUAAGGCGAUCUAAACCCAAUAACGUUGUUUAUGAAUAAUGGUCGCGAAAGCCUACGUGUUACAAAUUGACUCACUUUACUUAAUAACCAGGCUACAAUCUACAUUAUAGACUGCCAGUACACCCACCCAGCUUAAUAACCAGGCUACAGUCUACCUUAUAGACUGGCAGUACGCUCACCCAACUUAAUGACUAUUUGUACAGUCAACAUUUAAAGAAUCGAUUCUUGGCGCGUCGUGUUUAAAAGUAAUGACACAGUUGUUUUUUCAUCUGAAAUGGUAAUUGUUGUGGUUUCACGCUUGAACACACCGGUGGGCUAAAGCAGUGAACUAUUAGUCUUUUAUCAACGUGACACUUUUUUACUGAUUGGCCGUGUCAGGUGGUGGAGGGUUACAACACAUUAAUAAAUAAGGCGCUCUAAACCCAAUAACGUUGUUUAUGAAUAAUGGUCGCGAAAGCCUACGUGUUACAAAUUGACUCACUUUACUUAAUAACCAGGCUACAGUCUACAUUAUAGACUGCCAGUACACCCACCCAGCUUAAUAACCAGGCUACAGUCUACAUUAUAGACUGCCAGUAUGCUCACCCAGCUUAAUGACUAUUUGUACAGUGAACAUUUAAAGAAUCGAUUCUUGGCGCGUCGGGUUAAAAAGUAAUUACACAGUUGUUUUUUCAUUGGUAUGUAAUGUUUGAAAGUUUUCAGAAGAUUUUUAAUGUAUUUUCCCCCCGGGCAAUGCUGGGUAUAUCGAGUUUAUACCACAAAGUCGUCGCUUAACACGGGUGGGGUGUCGAGGCCUAGUACCGUGCAGAGCCUCCGGCCUCGCCUAGAUUGCCCACCCGGCUGAGGCUGGGUACCGGGGCCGUUAACCCCCCCCCGCGCUACACUAAUACUGUCUAAUCGCUAUAAUUGUAUUAUCUACCGACCCUAUAAUAGUAAUUGCACACAUUGGGGUGGGGGGGGGGGAGUGAAGAGGACGUGAAACUUUGAUGAAUUUACCUCAGAGUCGCGUGUUAAUGCGUGCGCAUAUUUUUAACGGGAAUUAAAAAUGGCGUCCACCCCGCAGCGAAUGCGUCGCUACCCGUUGCUAGGGGCAACCGCCGUGGAAAACCAAACGGACCAAUCGCGUCUCGCAAAUCCCUCACAUUUCGUCUAAUGAAACUGCGUAUGGUCCGGCGACACACACACACACAGACAGACAAACAGACAGACAGAUUUGCGAUUUUAUAUAUAUAGAUUGCCCGAAUUUUGACAGAACCCUGUUGCUCCACCGUUGGUGAAUCCCCACCAUGCGUGAGAAUGGGCAGUCCUCGACAUGCAAACGGGUUUCCGUUCCUGAGACCCGAUUGUAAGUCGAACGGUUCGUAACUCGGAACACAAUAAAAUGUACUGAAUUGAAAUGCGCAUACGGUCAGUGUUACAAAAUGUGUUACAGUACGACAAAAAGGGGGAAUAAUUUUUAAUCUCAUAAAGAAGAAAUAUUGUACAUGUGCAUGUUAUAUUGUCACAAAUGCUGUAUCGUACAUAAAACAACAUAAAGUAACUUGA